CCUUCCACCUGCCUGUGGCUCCCCGUGUCACAGUUGGCGGUUUGAUAACGUGAGACUCCAUUGGUACCGACAUGUCUUGUUUACUGAAACUGUUUGUGUUGGGGUCAUGUCUUGUCUACACGGUCAAUGGUCACUACGUAAAUACAACGAGGUCAAGGCGGCAAGCUGGCCCCAACUGCCUCUAUUGUGAUAGAGUAAACCAACCCCAUGACUGUCAUCAGAAACUGCAGUGUGAAUCGGACGAGGCAUGCUUUACUGAUGAGUAUAUCACAGAGCAGGGCCACAUCUUCUAUAAAGUCGGCUGCAGAGCACAGUCACUCUGUGGUACUGGUGCUGGGAAAGGUCGAAGGUCAGAGGUCGAACGUAAGGAUGUCGCCAUCCACGUGUGCGAGGACUGCUGUACCGGAGAGUACUGUAACAGGAUGGGAUGCAGAGCGGGACCACCCAAGGGACGGUCAUGUUAUCAUUGUGACUUCAUCAAGGCACCAUCUGAAUGUGAACAGGUGAAAACCUGUGAAGCAAAUCAGCAAUGUUACAUCGACGAGGUUCUCACUGACGAAUUUGAACUGCGAUUCAAUCUUGGAUGCGUGGAUACCUAUACUUGUGGACAACUCAAUCAAGCAAAAGGCAGGAGAGAAGAGGCCCUGAGUACAUUGUGUGCCAGAUGCUGUGACGACGACUACUGUAACCUAGCGUGUGGAAAGGAUGCUACAUAUCCUCCGCCAAAGCCUACUGUUCUAACAUCGACAACAACAGCUAGUCCAACAACUACUACUACGACCUCAACGACAGUAACUACAACUACUACUAUGACCUCAACGACAGUAGCUACAACUACUCCGACAACAACAAAGACUACUUCUACACCAACGAUGAAAACUUCCACCACCGCGAAAACCUUAAGUACUACUGUCACGUCGAAAUCAGUAACUACACCAACAACAACUACCACAUCGUUAUCAUCAAGUCAAUCUACGCCAGAAACGUCAACAACCACAGACACAUCUACUAUUACAAUGACUACUUUUGCAGCCACAACUACAAGUGGUACGUCUUCAACUACACCACUGGCCUCUACAGAGUCGACGUCUGCAAUCACUUUUAAACCCACCACUGAAUCUGGUGCCUCGUCAACAUCAGCUACAGUAAUGCAGACAUCACCAACAUCAUCAAUGUCCUCUCCAUCAUCUUCAGGCACGUCUCCAUCAACACAGGUAUCCAUGACGACAUCUUUGUCUUCAGAUACCCCACCGUCAUCAUCUGUGACCGUGACAACAUCUUCGUCAUCAGUUACCGAAACAUCAUAUGUCGAUACGUCAACGCACUCGUCUUCGGACACCCCGACAUCAUCAUAUGUUUCCAUGACAACAGAUUCGUUUUCAGGCAAAUCAUCAUCUGUUUCCAUGACAACAGAUGUGCCUCCAGAUACCAAACCAACGACAUAUGUCGAUUCAUCAACAUCCUCAUAUACUAACACUCAGCCGUCGUCAGCAUAUGUUUCCAUGACAACAGAUGUGUCUCCAGACACCCAACCAACACCAUAUGUCGAUUCAUCAACAUCCUCAUAUACUAACACUCAGCCGUCAUCAGCAUAUGUUUCCAUGACAACAGAUGUGUCUCCAGACACCCAACCAACACCAUAUGUCGAUUCAUCAACAUCCUCGUAUGCAAACACCCAGCCGUCAUCAGCAUCUGUUUCCAUGACAACAGAUCUGUCUCCAGAUACCCAACCAACACCAUAUGUCGAUUCAUCAACGUCCUCGUAUGCAAACACCCAGCCGUCAUCAGCAUCUGUUUCCAUGACAACAGAUGUGUCUUCAGAUACCCAACCAACACCAUAUGUCGAUUCAUCAACGUCCUCGUAUGCAAACACUCAGCCGUCAUCAGCAUCUGUUUCCAUGACAACAGACAUGUCUCCAGAUACCCAACCAACACCAUAUGUCGAUUCAUCAACAUCCUCGUAUACAGACACGCAGUCGUCAUCAUCUGUUGCCAUGACAACGUCUUCGUCAGUUACAUCUCCAACACCAACAUCAAUUGAAUCAACAACAACACCUUACGACUGCAGCCUCAAUGCCGACAUUGUCUUUCUUGUUGACCACUCGGACACCAAUGUACUCGACUUUCACAACAAUGUGGACUUUUUGAAACAAACGGUCAACGAGUUGAGGAUGUCCCCAACGGAUGCACAAGUCGCACUUGUUGCUUUCAACAACAACCCUGACUUAAUACAACCACUGACUGAUGACAAGAACAUGGCCCUACAGGGCAUCGACGCUAUCUCUGGUCUCCCAAUAGAAGGUCCUUCUUACCCAGACACUGCCAUUGAUGAAGCGCUUCAGAUUCUGAAUGGUCCAGAUUCCAGAGAAUUCGUGGAUAAGAUCAUCAUCAUUAUAACCGAUGGGAUCACGAACCACACAGAUGUGACUGCAGCGGAGGCGAUGGCAGCUAGAGACAAUUCCACCUUCAUCUUCGUCUUUGCUCCUUCUGCUCAGCCGACAGAUCCUUACGAGCUCAAUAUUACAGUUGAUGCUAGCUUUAUCCUCAAUACCACAGAUCUGAUGCUUACAGAUUUUUGUCAAGUUAUUGAGGCAAGGAUCAAUGGAAGUUUCACUUUUCCAACGACGCCCGAACCCAUGACAACGGAUGCAACCACGGAAACCCCCACCCCCACCACCUCAACAACAACCACAACAACAACCACAACCACAACACGUGCCCCGGCCGUAUGCUAUGAGUGUCAGUUUGAGAGUGACAUGACCCAGUGCAGACACUCCCUCCGUUGUGAUGAACACCACCCGUCUGGGAAAGAUUACACUUGUUUCUCGGGCAGAGUGGAAGACAGCGGAUGCUACUUUUCUGCUGCUUGUAUAGAACUGGAGGCUUGCUCAGUACUACGGAAUACAACAAAGAACGGAGGUACCGUCACCUUUGAGGGCUACCAGUAUGACGAUGUAGAGUGCUGUGAUGGAGUGAACUGUAACCACAGAGACCUUGUUAUAUCACCGGAACUCCACGCGCUGCACCACUGUGACGGACCGUUCAAUCCUUGACCUGCAGUGUAGUCUCCACAACUAGAAGCUUCAUCCUGGGUUGGUUCAUUACAUCAUUGCCAUUUCUGUAUCAUUUGAAAUAAACGUGAUAAUUGUA